AUGGAUGUUUUACGUGUACAGAAGUAUGCCUUUUUUCAAGAACCAUGUCCAGUGCAUUCACCAGAAGAAUUAGCCAACUUAAAAUAUAUCCAGCCAUACUCCAUAUGUUAUCAAAAUAAUCUAUCUAUCUAUCUAUCUAUCUAUCUAUCUAUCUAUCUAUCUAUCUAUCUAUCAGUCAUGUGCUAUCUAUCUAUCUAUCUAUCUAUCUAUCUAUCUAUCUAUCUAUCUAUCAGUCUGUUUGUAUUUAUCUAUAUAAAUCUGUUUUAUCUAAGUCUGUUCAUAUCUAUCUAUCUACCUGUCUUUUUCAUAUCUAUCUAUAUGACUGUUUUAUCUAAGUUUGCUCAUAUCUAUUUGUCUAUCUCAGUCUGUUCAUUUCUAUGUAUCUAUCUCAGUUUGUUCAUAUCUAUCUAUCUAUAUCAGUCUGUUUUACCUAAGUCUGUUCAUUAUCUAUCUAUCUAUCUAUCUAUCUAUCUAUCUAUUUCAGUCUUUUUCAUAUCUAUCUAUCUAUCUAUCUAUCUAUCUCAGUCUGUUUGUAUCUAUCUAUAUAAAUUUGUGUUUUAUUUAAGUCUGUUCAAAUCUAUCUAUCUAUCUAUCUAUCUAUCUAUCUAUCUCAGACCUUUCCAUAUCUAUUUAUAUAAUUUGUUCAUAUCUAUCUAUCUAUAUCAGUCUGUUUUACCUAAGUCUGUUCAUUAUCUAUCUAUCUAUUUCAGUCUUUUUCAUAUCUAUCUAUCUAUCUAUCUAUCUAUCUAUCUAUCUAUCUAUCGCAGACCUUUCCAUAUCUAUCUAUAUAAGUCUGUGUUUUAUCUAAGUUUGUUCAUAUCUAUUUGUCUAUCUAUCUCAGUUUGUUCAUAUCUAUCUAUCUAUCUAUCCAUCUAUGAAAUCUAUCUAUCUAUCUAUCUAUCUAUCUAUCUAUCUAUCUAUCUCAGUCCUUUUCAUUUAUCUCAGUCCUUUUCAUAUCUAUCUCAAAAUAUUUUCAUAUCUAUCUAUCUCAGUCACUUUUCAAUCUAUUUAUCUAUCUAUCUAUCUAUCUAUAUCUAUUAUCUAUCUAUCUAUCUAUCUCAGUCCUUUUCAUAUAAAUCUAUCUAUCUAUCUAUCUAUCUAUUAUUCAUCAAACACCUUUUCAUAUCUAUCUAUCUAUCUAUCUAUCUAUCUAUCUAUCUAUCUAUCUCAGUCCUUUUCAUAUCUAUCUAUCUAUCUAUCUAUCUAUCUAUUUAUUCAUCAAAGUCCUUUUCAUUAUCUAUCUAUCUAUCUAUCUAUCUCAGUCCUUUUCAUAUCUAUCUAUCUAUCUAUCUAUCUAUCUAUCUAUCUAUCUAUCUAUCUAUCUAUCUAUCUCAGUCCUUUUCAUAUCUAUCUAUCUAUCUAUCUAUCUAUCUAUCUAUCUAUCUAUCUAUCUAUCUAUCUAUCUAUCUCAGUCCUUUUCAUAUCUAUCUAUCUAUCUAUCUAUCUAUCUAUCUAUCUAUCUAUCUAUCUAUCUAUCUAUUCAUCAAAGUCCUUUUCAUAUCUAUCUAUCUAUCUAUCUAUCUAUCUAUCUAUCUAUCUAUCUAUCUAUCUCAGUCUUUUUUAUAUCUAUCUAUCUAUCUAUCUAUCUAUCUAGAUACUGACCAGUCUCACACACUGGGUAAUGGAUACAAUAUCAUUUUUUAUUCAUCUAAUCUAUCUAUCUAUCUAUCUAUCUAUCUAUCCCAGUCUGUUCAUUAUCUAUUCAUCAAUCUAAGUCCAUUUCAUAUCUAUCUAUCUAUCUAUCUAUCUAUCUAUCUAUCUAUCUAUCUAUCUAUCUCAGUCCUUUUCAUAUCUAUCUAUCUAUCUAUCUAUCUAUCUAUCUAUCUAUCUAUCUAUCUCAGUCCUUUUCAUAUCUAUCUAUCUAUCUAUCUAUCUAUCUAUCUAUCUAUCUAUCUAUCUAUCUCAGUCCUUUUCAUAUCUAUCUAUCUAUCUAUCUAUCUAUCUAUCUAUCUAUCUAUCUAUCUAUCCCAGUCUGUUCAUUAUCUAUUCAUCAAUCUAAGUCCAUUUCAUAUCUAUCUAUCUAUCUAUCUAUCUAUCUAUCUAUCUAUCUAUCUAUCUAUCUCAGUCCUUUUCAUAUCUAUCUAUCUAUCUAUCUAUCUAUCUAUCUAUCUAUCUAUCUAUCUAUCUAUCUCAACGGAACAAGCAACUUGGAAUUACAAAAAAGUUUGGGUGGCUUUUGAAAACCAGAAGCAAUCAAAACUACGUGAAGGACUCAAGCCUUCCUUGCUAAUCAGUAUGUUUUAUGCAUCCUGGCCUGCAAUUCUUUGGGGUGGUGUUCUUCACGAUAACAGAGUCAGUUGCAGAGACAAUAAAAAGGGAUGUUUUGACAGUUACAGUAAGCGAAUUCUUCUCCAAUGGCUACAUCCUGAUCACGUUCAUCUUUAUCAUCAUGUUGGUGCAGUAUGUCAUGGCUGA